AUGGAACUUCAUAAGUUUUCUUUCAUAUUAGUGUGUUUUUAUCCUCUCGUUUUCACUUUUCGAGAUCAAAUCGUUGGCGUACGCGAUAAAUUAUCUUGCAAUAGCCGGUUUUUGCAAGGGGCUACAAUUCGGUUGAUUGAAAGGAAUUAUAUCGGUCCAGACGUGGUGUUGGCAGAAAACAAAACUAAUUAUCUAGGGGCCUACGAUGUCGUUGGACGAGGAAGAGGGGUCUUGGAAAUGAAUGUGUUUCUGAAACUGUACCACGAUUGUGAUGAUGCAAUAAUACCGUGUCAACGAACUGUCAGCCUCCGCAUCCCCUCUUCGUACAUCAACCGGGGCACCACUGUCAACAAUUAUUUUGAGGCAGGCACUAUGAACAUGGCGUUCCGGUAUCCAGAUGAACAACGCUCGUGCACCGACAGGAUAUUCACUUGA